AUGAAACUAUGGUCGUUUAUCGAUCAAUUAUUCUAUGACAAUACCAUAGAAGAAGAAUACUACAAAAAGCUACGGCAAAAGAGCUCGUCGAAUUCAGCCUUUAUUGUCGGUUUAGUUGCAGCCGUGGGUGGGUUCAUGUACGGCUACGACACUGGGCUCAUCAACGAUCUCUUGGAAAUGAAGUAUGUGUAUACACACUUUCCAGGUAACAGCCAAAACUUUUCAACACACGAGCGUGCAAUAACCGUUGGGUCGUUGUCCCUUGGAACUUUUAUCGGUGCUUUGAUUGCGCCUUUGACUUCAGACAAUUAUGGACGGAAGUUUUCAAUCAUCAUGAGUGGCGGCAUCAUCUUCAAUAUCGGCUGCAUCCUUCAAAUCUGCUCAGUCGAGCUUGCACUACUAUGUGUUGGAAGGUUAGUUGUUGGGAUCGCCGUGGGUAUACUCUCAGCAAUCGUGCCCUUAUACCAAGCAGAAGCUUCACCAAAAUGGUUAAGAGGAUCAGUGGUGUUUACUUACCAAUGGGCCAUCACAUGGGGAUUCCUUAUUGCUAGCGCAAUUUGCCAAGGAACCAGAAGAAUGAACAAUUCUGGGUCGUAUCGUAUACCGAUUGGAAUGCAAUUUUUAUGGUCAUCUAUUUUGGUUGGAGGUAUGUUGUGUUUACCGGAAAGUCCGCGUUUUUAUGCGCAAAAAAAUAAUUUACCUAGAGCAUUGGAUGCGCUUGCAAAGCUACGACGACUACCUCAAGAUGAUGACGACUUGAUUGAGGAGCUAGUUGAGAUUAAAGCUAAUUAUGAUUAUGAAUUGUCCUUUGGCAGGACCAAGAUUUGGGAUUGUUUCAAAAGUGGAGGUGGUAGACACAAGCAAGGAUUACGAAUGUUGACCGGAAUGGGGGUGCAAUUUUUCCAACAGUGCUCGGGAGUAAAUUUUAUUUUCUAUUAUGGUGUCAAUUUCUUUAGUUCUGCUGGAGUCAAGUCUUCGUACAUAAUGUCACUUGUGACGUAUGUGGUGAACGUUGUAUUCACUAUUCCGGGUAUCAUAUUGAUUGAUACAGUAGGUAGACGUCCAUUAUUAUUUUGGGGUGGUAUAGGAAUGGCCUGCUCGAACUUCAUUAUUGCCAUUGCAGGUGUCAGUGUUCAGGAACGACAGACAAAUGCAAUACUAUGUGUGUCCUUUGCAUGCGUUUUUAUUACAUUUUUUGCCAGUACUUGGGGUGGCUGUACGUGGGCAUUAUGUUCAGAUAUCUACAGUAUUUCAAUUAGACAAAAAGCUGUUUCGUUGACAGCAGCAACUAAUUGGUUAGUCAAUUUUAUUUUUGCCUUUAUUACUCCUUACUUGAUUGAUACCGGAGCUCACACGGCUGCAUUGGGUAGCAAAAUAUUUUUCAUGUGGGGCGGGUUGAAUGUGUUGGGUACAUUAUUUGUCUAUUUUACAGUGUAUGAGACCAAAGGUUUAAAGUUGGAAGAGGUUGAUUACAUGUAUGCUCAUUGCACAAAUCCACGUACAUCGACCAAGUUUAAGUCAACAAAGAUCCAGUACGAUCAAAUGGAUGAGAACUAUAAUCUUAUUGCUAAUUCACAGCCCGCAUCCACUACGUCCAAUGAUGCUUCUAAUGAAAAAGAUAUUCAUGAUACAUCAACUCAUGAACAUUCAGAUUCUACGCAAGCCAAUGGAAUCAACAACAACGAAGCACUAUUUGUUGUUGAUUCGGCGAGAUCAAGCAUUGAGCUGGGAGUAGAUGUGGAUGCAGAAGGGCCUUAUCUUGAUGGUGCUGGUUUUAUUGGCACAACCACAAGCGCAAGCGCAAGUACAAGUGCCAAGGGAAAUACAAAUACAAAUACAAAUGCUAAUGCAAAUGCAAAUGCAAAUUCAAGCAUUACACGCAAAAGUCGUAAAUUUUCUUUUGGUUCAAAUAUUGCCUCCAUCAACUCAUCCAAAACAGUCCCGCAGCCCACAACAUCAUCUCAACCAAAUAAUGAUUAUCAAAUAUAUUUAGAAUCGUUAAAGAAGCAGUAUUCGCAGCAUUACAUAAACUCUGCAAGUAUCAUUAGAAAGAUAUCAUCAGAAAGGUCUGGAACCACUUCUAACUCACACCAUAUGCAGGUACCACAGGAUGCUUACUUCAUUGAUGAUGGACCAGAUUUUGUGCAGGUUGAUGAUUUGCAACAUGGUGUCGAGAUGAAUGAGAAUAUUCCAACAACGAUAAUUGCAGCACCAUUCUACAACCAACCACCUUCAGACUCAGACUCAGAUUCAGACUCAGAUUCAAAUUCAAAUUCAGACUCAGACUCCAAUUCAGAUUCCAAUUUGAAUCCGAACUCGAAUUUGGACCUAGAUCCAGGAUCACAGCCAGGAAUUUGA